GCCGACACUGAUGCACAUCAGCCUAGAGCCUGAUGAGGACCUGGACUGACAUCACAACUCUUCUCAUCUGCCUGAUCCUCUGCGUUGUCCUCACCACUCUCAAACUCUACAGCAGCCUCUUGACUCUGGUGGGGAAAGUCCUUAUGACCGUCUCCUCAGCCAGCCAUCAACUCCACCUCAGGAGAAGCCUCUAUCGGUUCCUGGCCUGGCCGCUGAGGUCUGAGAAAAUGAAAUCCAGAAAGGGAGAGGGAAGGAGGAAAGAGGAAAAGAGAACAGAGGAGGGUGCCUGGAUACCUUGCUACACACUCCAGACUGGGCUUCCAUUCAUACUCACAAUGAACCUGGGAAGUGGAUAUAGCAUGCCCAUUUUCCAGACUCUCGUUUGCAUGGAGCUUGGGGUACUUCAGAGUGGACUGAGGACCGGCCGACUUCUUGCCCAGAAUACCAGCCUCCCAGAUGCAUGGAGGAGAUGGGCCUGUGGCUUCCCCAGCUCCUACCAGAGUGCCCAGGAUAGGUGACAGAAGAGGAUGAAAACCCCCAAAUGGGACAGCAUGCAGAGGCACCCACCCAGAGCACUUGCUAGGCCCUGGGUUCAAUCCCCAGCACCACAAAACAACAAAGAAACAAACCCAAGAUGCUGACUAACUACGUGACCACACCCAGAGCCCAGCAGCGGCCAGGCAGCCAGCACAGG